ACCACUUUUUUAUGCUUCAACUAUAAAAUUUUCAUAAUUUGUUUUCAAGAUAGACACCAAAAAUGUGUUUCUCCUUUGUUGACUUUCGUCUAUAAACUCGAAGUUAGAGCAAUAUUAAAACCAUUACCAAGAUUUCCAAAUCCUUUAGGCGAAGACCAUGACAAAAAACGAGUUGUCGUUUCAAUUUCAUGUGUUCGAAUCGCAUCCAGAGCCUCCAAUAAACUUUUUUGCAUGGUCGCCGCCAUGUUGUAUCACCUAAAACGACCAAUUUACGGUAGUCGAGCUACUUUACAUUACUGUACAGUAUAUUAAUAAUUGUGAUGCCCACUAAGAGGUCGUAUAAUAAUCUGAGAUAGACAAUAGCAUCGACGGUGGAAGUUGCGCAACGCAAAAUUUACACUAAUAUUACGGCUCUAAGCUACAUUGAUAGGAAGAGCAGUUAGAAUUAUAAUAAAAUAAAUACAAGCAGACAACCAACACAGUACAGUAUGGGAAAGAAAAACAAGAAGGAGAAAAAGGGAGCAGGGAAGGAGAAGACCAUUCAAAAGACAGAGAAAAAAGCCAACAAACGAGCCAAAAAAGAGCUUGCUGAAAAAGGAGAGGAUGAUAUUGAAAAGAUGAUAGCCGAGUUCCAAGAAAAAGACCGCAGAAAGACACAGGUUAUUGAAGAGAAAUGUCCACCACCUUCACCAAGAUGUAGCAUGUCACUGACGGCCCAUCCAGACAAGGAGGAAUUGAUCAUGUUUGGUGGGGAAUAUUUCACAGGCAACAAGAUGUACCUGUACAAUGACCUGCUGGUGUACAAUAUCAAGAAGAAUGAUUGGCUCAAAGUUACAGCCCCAAAUGCCCCGCCCCCAAGAUCUGCCCAUCAGGCUGUUGCUGUACGGCAGAGUGGGGGUCAGUUGUGGAUUUUUGGCGGGGAGUUUGCCAGCCCCACACAGUCUCAAUUCUACCAUUACAAGGACCUUUGGCUCUUUUCUCUUAAGGAGAAAAAGUGGGAAAAAGUCAGUGCCCCUGGAGGCCCGUCAGCCCGCAGUGGUCACAGGAUGGUGCAGUGUAAGAAACAACUCAUCGUGUUUGGUGGUUUCCAUGACAACCUCAGAGAUUACAAAUACUUCAACGAUGCAUAUGCCUUCAACCUUGACACAUACACAUGGGUACAGCUGGUAGUCAAUGGCAAUGCCCCAUCUCCAAGGUCAGCCUGUGUCCUAGCAACCGUUGCUGAUCAGGGCAAGGUGCUUGUUUAUGGUGGUUACAGCAAGGAAAGGGUGAAAAAAGAUGUAGAUGUGGGAAAAAUCCACGCUGAUAUGUUCAUUUUAACCCCUGAAGGCAAAGUCAAAGAAGGUGAACAGCCAGGCAAGUGGAAGUGGAUCAGUGUGAAACAGUCAGGGUCAAGGCCAUCUCCAAGGUCUGGAUUCUCAUUGGCUGUUGUCGGGGGUAACAAGGCUGUCUGCUUUGGGGGCGUGUUUGACGAGGAGGAGGGUGAUGAACAGUUGAAUGGAAAGUUCUACAAUGAGCUGUACUUUCUGGAGCUUGACACCGGGCGCUGGUUUGAUGCUCGCCUUAGAGGAAAGAAAACUGCUUCUGAGAAGAAAAAGCGGAGAAGACGGAAGGAGAAUGAAACUGGCAAUGUUGAAGAUGGAGAGAGUGGAAGUGAAUCAGAGGAGGGAGAAAAUGAUAUGGAUAUGGGCGAGGAGGAGAUAAGAAAACUCGCUAUUGACAAAGAGGGGACUGAAGGUGACUUGGGUGAUAGUGGUGAUGUUGAAAAUGAUAAGGAUGUAAAUAAUGAAGCUGGAAUGGAGGUGGAUGGGGUCACAAGUGAGAAUUCUGGGGUUGGUAUGAAAGAAGGUGCAAAUUCUGUUUCUAUGGAAACCGAACAAGGGGUGGAAAGUGUGUUUAAAGUAACAAUAGGUGCUCAGGGUGGUGAAAAUAGUGCAAUGGAGGGAUUUGAUGGGGCAACAGGGUCGGAGGAUCAGGCUGUGAAUGUGUUCAUGCCAGCGCCAAGAAUGAACGCGCUUAUGGCUGUGAAGAAUGGGGUGUUGUAUCUCUAUGGAGGCAUAUUUGAAGAUGGGGACAAGCAGUAUACACUGUCAGACAUGUACUCACUGGAUACAAACAAGAUGGAGGAAUGGAACACUAUUAUUGAGAGCAACUUGAAAGAUUUGGUAUGGGUGGAGUCUGACUCUUCCUCAGGGGAGGAGAUGGAGGAGGGGGCCAAGGGAGGCGACUCAGAUUCUGACUCGGACGACGAUGAUGAUGAUGAUCUGGAUAUUGACUUCAGUGACGCGCCGGAGAGACCCAUUAAUGAAGCAAUCAAGGACUACUUCGCACGCACCAAAGAUUACUGGGUGUCUAAAGCAAAAGAAUAUUGUGAUUCAGAGGGGAUGACCUUAGCGGAGAAAAAACUAGAAAAACUGGCUAAGGAAAUGUGUCAAGAAUCAUUUGAUUAAAAGAUCGUGAGAAGUUAUAUGUUUUAGUUAUUGCAAAUAAUCAUGAUGUAAAACUCUCACUGAGUCAGGGGUCUCUUUAGGUGCUUCCGUAACAGGCAAUAUGCUUUUUAUCAUAUUUGUUAAAAUGUUUUUAUAUUGGGGUUCAUGGAUGUAGAAAUAUGUUCCAUCAGUGCACUGGUUGUUAAAGGGACUUGCUCAUGGUUUUUGACCCAAAAAUCAGUUUUCCAGGUAAUGCAACUAAAAAUACUAUUUCAUCAUUAUUUUCUGUAUGAUAUCGAAAUCGCAGGAAAAAUAUGAUUGUAGUAUUAAAAAUUAGUUCGGUUUUAGUGAACGCAUACCCACGUAGAUAAAGUCUGGAAAAAAAUAAAAAAUCUGAAGCCUUUGCCUCUAGGCCACCAGAACCUAUACAAAGCGAUGGAUAUUUUUACCUUUUUACAAUACAUUGAUAACAUCACACGAUAAUGUCUAUCAACCAAUCACACAACAACAAAGCUGUUAUAAAGUGACCUUCAAUAAAAUUUGUGGGCUAACAAUUGUGGACUUAAUUCGAUUAGGACAAAAAGUGCAAUUUCCAAAAACCAUGAGGGAGUCACUUUAAAUCUGAAGGUCUUCAUGAUUAUCAGGGCAUUAACCUAAUAUAUUUCAUAAUACGUUGAACCUUUAAUUGGAAUUGAUCCAAGGGAUGUUCUCACCCAUAAUUGCAACUUUUUUUUGUAGAUAGUCAUGCAAUGCUCAAAAUUGCUGAUUCAAUAAUAGAUGAAACGCAGUACCAUUUUUUCAUUAGUUGAACCGUUAUGAAUAUUAACAAUAUUAACGUAUCAGAAACCAGAUCUGGUAAUCAUGUCUGUGGGUUCAGUCACCACAAUUUGUUUUGGAUGAUAAUAUUAUUGUUAAGAAUUGCAUACAGCUUACAUAAUAAACGAAA